AUUUAUUAUAUUUUUAAAAUUAUGAUUGCGACAGAGUAAUUCGAUUGUCUUCCUGUUGAAGAGGUUUCUUCAAUGUUGGGUUCAAUCUAAAUGAAAGAAUACCCAAUUUUCGAUGUUUAAAAAGGUGUCCUAACAAAGAAGAAGGUGAAAUACCACAAUUAUGAUGACGAAGAAAUGGAAGUUAAGUUCGAAUGCGAAUAAUCAUAAUAUUGCACUGUGAAUGACAAGGUUGUUAAGAUUCCUCCUAAAGGACUUGAUUUUUUAAGAAUUAGGAUAUUGGUUCCAAGCAAUUGUUAGGAACACUAAAUAUCAUUAACAGUCGAUGCACACGAUAACCAAACAGGAUUGAUAAAGUAGAAGAUUAUAUUUAAAUUAAAUGUUGUGAAUCCUUGAGGAUAAUAAUAAUAAAUAUAUAUAUAAUAAUAAUAAUAACAAA